GGGGCACCAGUGUGCAGUGUGCAGCGUGCAGGCAGAGUGGGCUCCUCCUGGCAACCGAUUUCGUACAACACACCCCCUCAUCACCCGCCCGCGUCGCUCUUUCCCCUCCAGACCAGAGAGACCACGCAGCCCACAAUUCCCACCGCCUCUGUCCAACCCGAGCUGCCGUCCUGUCUGGCCUGCAGAGAAAAGGCGAGCUUCAUUUGCCAGCGCUGCCCCCCCUUUUCUGCUUCUCUCUCGUUUCGCUUUCUUUCCUUUUGGCUCAACUGCCAGCUGUUUCUUCCUCCGCCCACACCCCCCUCUGUUCCAUCAGCCGCCUGCUGCCCCAAGUCUGGCCCUCCUCGCUCGCCCCUCGACUGUGUGAGUUGGCGGGCCCCGAUUGCCUGCACUUGCAUUAAGAAAAAAAAAAGCCUUUCUGGGUCCCAGCGCUUUCUCCUUCUCCCACUUCCUCCGAUUUCGUUCACCCAUCCAAACGACAUCGCAGCCUUCCAUUAGAUCAUUCACCCUCUGUCGACGACGCCCUACAUCUCCGGCUGGCGUCUUUCCGCGCUCUACGUCAGGUCCAGUCGCUGGCAGCUCCCAGGCCACCGGCAUCUCCCCACUCGCUAUCCAGGGCCGCCCAAAGUCUCGCUCUGACGCCCGCGAACCCAAUUAGUCCGAGGGUUUCGCUCCCCAAGAAAAAAAAAAGACGCUGUCUCCUCUCCAGCAAACAAACUCGACGGCCACUGACGCCGUUGUCUCGGAUUCGGCGCUGACUGCGUCGCCGCCGCCGCCCUGAGUCUAAUCCCUCAUUGACACCAAGUCACGCAUCCCUCUACUCUGCUGGCCAGCGCUGCAACCCCGGUGACGUCGCUGCCACAAUGUCGGACCGCGACAGACGCCGGUCUCGGCAAAUGCCGGACAGGGUAGCCUACAUGGAGGAGGCCGACGACGACGGAAAUGCUCUCCAAGAUGGCCUCAAGACGGCCGCCUCGAUCGCGCCGAGCAGCCCCCGCAAGGAGAAGCCGAACACGCGCAAGUCGAGGAGGACGCCGCAGUCCCCUUUGGCCCUCUCUGACGAUUCCUCAUCUGUGUCCUCGGAGGGGACGGGCGCCGAGCUCGUACCUCGCAGGCCAGAGCCCUCGAGCUCAAGGAGACCCGAUCCUACCAAGGCCCAGAAGAGGGUGUCCUACACUGACACCCAGACCACUCGGCCUCCUGCCCCCAGGCACACUAAGACGACCCCGAUCACCCACACCCACGCCACCCGCAGAAUGUCUCAUCGCGAGGAGCCGACCUACUACGGGCGGGUCAACUACGGCCAUGAUUCGGGCCCCGUCAUCACGCCGGGUGUGACACGGCCCCGCUCCCGGACUUCCAUCAACCCAAACCACCGGCAUUCGAGUUACCACGUUCCCGUGUCGAAGCCGCCCCUGGCUAAUCAAAGGUACCACCAGCAAAUGCCGCCCGCCAUCAUGACGGGCGGGCUUCCGCCGCAGUCAUAUCCGCCGCCACAAUGGGCCAUAUCGGCAGGGCCGCCCUCUAUGCAUAUGCCCCCUGGGCCGCCGCCUCCCUUGGGGCCGCCGCCUCCAUCCCAGGAUUACUUUCCCAACUCGCAUUCCCUGUCGAGCCGUUUUGAUCGUGGCGUGGACAGGCCCGUGUCGGCCUUAGCCCACAGGCCCUUGCGCUAUCCUGAUGAAUAUGAACAGGAGAACCGCCCAAUGACUGUCACCCGCCGGCCGUCGGUCAAGGCACCGAAGAAGCGCGAAGACGAACAUGACAGGAUGCGCAUGCCUCCACCCGCCCCUCCCCAGAGGCCGAGCUCCGCAAUGCCUCUGACCAUCCGCACAAGCCCUUUUGCUGCGCCACCACCGAGGGGACGCACUCCAGUGUACGACGACCACAACCCGUACCAGGAGGAAACCUCGUACGACCUUUCGCCCGUGGCUUACGAGUACGAAAUGCCUCCUCCCGUUCCCAGGGCCAGACGCCCCAGCGUCAGCCAGCAGUCCAUCGGCUACGACCAAGCCGGAUACAAGACCGAGGUUGCUCCCCACCGGAAUUCGCAGUACGGGCCAAACUUUACGUCCUCGCAGGCCGUCGAUGACAAGCUUCGCAGGGCUCUUGCGCACCAGGACCCAGAGCCUCCCAUCCAGCAGCUCACUCAUGACGCUCUUCGCAGGGCAAGCAAGAGCAAGAACAGCAGGAGCAGCAAGUCGACCCACAGCACGGCGAGCCAUGACGAGAGUGACUUUCGACAGGCGACCACCGCCACGACUAGGACCAGCGUUGAGGACGACGUCACCAUCCGGGUGAGGGGCAAUGCAACGCUCAAGCUCGGGGGUGGCGCAGAGCUGCAGUGCACCGACGGCGCCGAGAUCAACUUCAUAAGGGCCGGCGGUGGGCCUGGUGACCGCGGCAGCGAUCGGUCCAGCUACGUCGAUCCAGAUGAGCGCGACGAGCGCAGAGACGAGCGCAGGUCCAGGGGCGAGCGCCAGCCUGCCAGGAUCAGGGCCGCUUCAUCGCAGGCCGGAUCCUACACCCGCGGCACGCCAAUAGAGCGAUAUGCCACCGAGCGCUACAGUGAGCGUGAGCGGUACGGCGGCGGUGCUGAUCUCUACGGCUCGUCCCCAAGCUAUGGUUACCACGCGCCGCCUCUGCCACCGCCGCCCCUGAACCCGAGCCCAUUCUCGUCGGGCUCCUACAGGGACCAACACCACUCCUACUUUGGCUAAAGUGCUGUGAACACACCCACGCGCACGCUUGCUGCCUUGGCUUGUCCUUGGCGUGCCGGUGGAUGCGACCAAACGGCGCCGCGUUGAACACGACGAAUCGACUACAACCGUUCUUUGACCUUCCAACGACCUUAUGACGACCAUGACGACGAGCGACCGGCCGAAUCCGAACCUCUGCCCAUCUUCUUCCAUUUGAUCAACACUGUUUUGGCCAGCAUACCGCGGCUUCUAUUCUGCUUAGCUUCCCAGCAAUUUGCAAGCCUGAACCCAAAGCAAGCCACCACCAUUCCCUCUCGGUUCGUUUUCUUUACUUAAUCCAUGUACAUGUGCCGUCCCUCGGGCCUCCUGUCAUGCGCACUCCCCCUCCUUGCCAGGAGCCAUGGCGCUGUCGGGUGGUCGAGGGUGCACCAGUUUCACAUCAUGUUUCCCUCCGCCCUCUGGCUCGGGCAAAACCUUCAAUCUCAUACUCUUUUUGUUUUCAUCUACUCCUUAUCCAUCUUACCCUGUCGUUGGCUAUGUUUCUUUGACUUGUUCCCUGUCGGAACAGAGUUGUGCUUGCGCGAUGUAACGGCGUCUUGCUGCGACCGCUACGUGUAAUGGAAGCUUGCGCAUUCGCGUGUGCACAAACUACGACUUUUACCCCAUUGUUUCCCUUUCGUUUGUUCACUACCCCCGCAGCUUUGUAUAGACGUCUGUGUGGAGCGAGAAGGGCAACCGGACACGAUGGCUUGAUUCUAUAUAGUCGUCCUUUUUCUUCAUCUUUUUGAAAAUCUUGGUUGUUGUUUCCUAGCGUGGUCGGUAGCCCUGGUUGGUGAGCCUGUCGGACUUUUUGAUAUGUAUUGGAUACUGUACUGGCGCUUGUUGGCAUUCUACAGCACGCUGUCGUCCACCACUGGACUUCAUUUACUUGCUGUGGAUGGGCCUAUGGAUGGCUUGUCUUAUACUCUAGUUUAAUGGGCGAAAAGGCUAUUGGUCUCAUCAUGUUUGGACGAGGGGAUGCUUUGUGGAACAAAACAGGUUUCCUUUUUAGCACACCGGACUGUCUAGGAUAGGGCGUUAAAAGCAGGCAGGCAGCUCGUCCUUCGUAUAGGUGCCCCCUAUCUGAUAUCUUAACAAAAAGUGCAUGAUAUUCAACAGUUCCUGC